AUUCACUAUCUCUGUAACAUCUCAACUUCCAUUCACUAUCUCAGAGUUUCCAUCGCAAUGGUCAAUCUUCAAGCUUCUUUGUUCUUCAAUCAUUCACUCUCUCCUUCGCCUCUGCUUUCCCCUCCUCUUCCCCUUCUUUCUACUGCUUCUUCUUCUGCUUCUUCUUCUUCUUCAAGGCAGAGGGUUCACUCCUCAUUGCUUCUUCCUUGCCGCUCCAUUUCUUGCAACUCAUUUUGGGAUUGUAGGUUUCGACUUGGGCAUCGUUCUUCUUCUUCUUCUUCCCUUCCGUGUACAUUGCACCCUGACUAUGGCAGUUUCAAUUCAGAAUUGGUUUCUUCUCCCGAUGGUAAUAUAGGCUCUGGUCCUCAAGAUUUCAAUGCUGGUGGGUUUGGCGAUCAGGGUGCGGAUUUUGAUGGGAACAGGAUGGAGGGCAGCGAGAGUAGAAUUCAUUCUGAGAAAGAGGGCAAGUGGAGAAAUCUGCCGUUUGCGGUGUUCUUGAUGGGAUUGUGGGCUGCAACGAGAAUGAAGUUUCAGAAGGUGAUUGAAAUUGUGAUGGAUUGGUGUAGUCGGUGGACGUUUUGGCGGCAGGAGAAGCGGUUGGAGAGGUUAACUGCUGAGGCCGAUGCGAAUCCGAAGGAUGCGGCGAAGCAGAGUGCUCUAUUCGUGGAAUUGAAUAAGAAGAGUCCCGAGUCUGUCAUUAGGCGUUUUGAGCAAAGGGAUCAUGCGGUAGAUAGUAAAGGAGUAGUGGAGUAUCUUCGAGCUCUUGUGCUCACCGAUGAAAUUGCUGAGUAUCUUCCAGAUUCUGAUGUUGGAAGGCCGUCUACUCUUCCUACAUUGCUACAAGAGUUGAAGCAGCGAGAUUCUGGCAAUGUGGAUGAGCCUUUUGUGAAUCCUGGCAUUUCUGAUAAACAACCAUUGCAUGUAGUAAUGGUUAAUCCUAAAGCAGCCUACAAGUCUCGGAUCCUACAAGAACUGAUAUCCACUAUAAUUUUCACUGUUGCUUUUGGAUUAGUAUGGUUUAUGGGUGCAACCGCACAUCAAAAAUACAUAGGGAGUUUUGGGGGCAUAGGAACCUCAGGCAUUGAUCCAAGUUCUCUAUAUGCUCUAAACGAAUUCACAAAAGAAUAUAUGCCAGAGAAGAAUGUCAAGACAUUUAAGGAUGUUAAAGGUUGUGAUGAUGCAAAGCGAGAGCUGGAAGAAGUAGUGGAGUAUCUGAAGAACCCUUCCAAGUUUACCCGCCUAGGGGGAAAGUUGCCAAAGGGAAUUCUUUUAACAGGAGAUCCAGGAACUGGGAAAACUUUACUUGCUAAGGCUAUUGCUGGUGAAGCUGGAGUACCAUUUUUCUACAAACCAGGAUCUGAGUUUGAAGAAUUGUUUGUUGGUGUUGGUGCUCGACGUGUGAAAUCAUUAUUUCAAGUAGCAAAGAAAAAGGCUCCUUGCAUUAUUUUUAUCGAUGAAAUAGAUGCUAUUGGGUCGACCAGAAAACAAUGGGAAGGCCACACGAAGAAGACAUUGCAUCAACUACUUGUUGAAAUGGAUGGCUUUGAGCAGAAUGAGGGUAUCAUAUUGAUGGCCGCUACAAACUCGCCAGAUAUUCUUGAUCCAGCUUUGGUGAGGCCUGGUAGAUUUGACAGGCAUAUCGUUGUCCGGGACCCUGAUGUACGUGGUCGCCAAGAGAUUCUAGAGCUCUAUUUACAAGACACACCUUUGGAUGAUAGUGUAGAUGUUAGAGCAAUUGCUCGUGGCACGUCGGGAUUUAACGGGGCAGAUCUUGCAAAUUUGGUAAAUAUUGCAGCCAUUAAAGCUGCUGUUGAAGGUGCAGAGAAGUUAAACAAUGAGCAGUUGGAGUUUGCAAAAGAUCGAAUAGUUAUGGGUACUGAGAGGAAAACAAUGUUUAUACCAGAAGAGUCAAAGAUGCUCACUGCAUACCAUGAGAGUGGUCAUGCAAUUGUUGCGUUUAACACCGAUGGUGCACAUCCGAUUUAUAAAGCAACGAUUAUGCCUCGUGGAUCUUCUCUAGGAAUGGUCACACAACUUCCUCCAAAUGACGAUACAUCUAUUAGCAGAAAGCAACUAUUAGCACGACUCGACGUUAGUAUGGGGGGAAGAGUUGCAGAAGAGAUCAUAUUUGGGCAUGACCAUAUCACCACUCGAGCAAGUAGUGAUCUUCACAAAGCUACGGAGCUUGCCCAAUAUAUGGUGGCGGUUUGUGGGAUGAGUGAAUCGAUUGGGCCUGUUCAUAUCAGAGAACGUCCGAGCGCAGAACUGCAGUCAUGUAUUGAUGUAGAAGUCGUUAGUCUCCUAAAAGAUGCAUAUGACCGUGUGACAGCCCUCUUAAAAAAGCAUGAGAAGGCGUUACAUGCACUGUCAAAUGCACUUUUAGAACAUGAGACUCUCAGUGCAGAAGAAAUAAAGAGGAUUCUACUUUCUUACAGAAACCAACAAGUAGAAUUAGAAGAAGAAGAGGAUUUUGUAUUGGAUUGAAGUUCUCUGACGUUUCA